AUGAUUGAGGAAUCGUUCGAGGGUGGUGACGCAGGUGCGUCCCACACUAUCCCCGUGGCUGCCGGUUCCAUUAAGAUGAACGGUUUCGUCAUGAUCAAGGGAAAGCCUUGCAAGGUCGUCGAAUACUCUACCUCGAAGACCGGUAAACACGGCCACGCCAAGGCUAACAUUACCGGUGUCGACAUUUUCACCGGCAAGAAGUACGAGGAUGUGUGCCCAACGUCGCACAACAUGGAGGUUCCUCACGUGAAACGCACUGAGUACCAGUUGAUCAGCGUUGACGACGAUGGAUUCGUGUCAUUGUUGAACGCUGAUGGAACAUGUAAGGAUGACCUUCAACUACCCCGUGACAACGACGGCGGAUUCGAUGAAGUGUCCAAGCAAAUUCAAUCUCUUGUUGCCUCUGGCAAGGAGGUCUUGGUGACGGUACUUUCUGCCGUUGGCCAGGAGAAGAUCAUUCAGUGCAAGGAAUUCUAA